CUUGAUAAACAAUGAUAACCUUUUGUUAUAAAUAACGCGUAAUUUCUUAACAACAUGCAGUCAUCUCUGGGGUCAUCUCUCAAUUAUAUCCCGAAGAUUUGUAGCGUGUCAAAAUAAUUUUUGGAAGUAAGGUCUGCAACUAAUUCCGUCUUCGAGUGAGAUCCGUGAUAAACGGACUGGCCGGGUGUGCGGCAGACAAACAGCAGAGUGACAUACCUAGGACCUAGAUAACUAGGUAUUUACUUAUCUUAAAAACAAAAAGAAAUACCUACAUAAGUAAAAAUGUUAGUACGAAGGAGUCUACUGCUAUACGUGUGGAUGAGCUUAUUGGCUGUUAGCUUGAGCGAAGUAGCCGAGCAGGUGUUAGCUGAAAACCCAUGUACGAGUAAGAAGAUUUGUAGCGAUUGUAUGCAAACGCCGUCAUGUGCAUGGUGCUUCGCCCAGGACUAUAACGGACCCCGAUGUUUCAACCCCUCGAUCGAAGGCGGCACCGCAGGCUGCGAUGAAUCUUACGUAUUCAAUCCAGACAACCAGCAGUCAAUCGAUCCUAUGUACAACCGAGAAUUAACGAGAGCAAAGGGUCAAAUGGGUACUGGAAUGGAAUCUUCCUACUACGAAGAGUCGAUGAGUAGCAGCAAUAGUAGCAGUAGCAGCAGUAGUAGCAGUAACAGCAGUAGCGGUGUCAAAGGCGGAGCGUACGGAGCCGCAGAAGGCGAGAACGUCUUACAAAUCAGACCGCAGAGAGUGACGUUACAGUUGCGAAUGAAGCAGAUGCUAAAAAUGUCGUUCUCAUAUGCGCAAGCCCAAAACUUAUUGCCAGUUGGCGACGACUUGGACAACAUGUUAAACAUCAUACGCGAGCAGUACAAUAAAAUAAUCACGUCAGUGGAGAUGAAAGAUACGUCGAGUGAUGCGCUGCAAAUAUCGUACUACUCAUCGUGUCUAGGCAGCAAGGACACUGUUGUGCAGACAAACAAAUGUGAUGGACUUAAGGUAAAUGAUGUGGUUGAAUUCACCGCUGCGAUCACUUUGAAAGAGUGUCCCAAAGAUCCAAGAAAAUGGAAGCAAAGUUUUGCCAUUUACCCCGUCCCCAGCGGGGCGUUUGACAGCAUCAAUGUAGAAGUUGAAAUGCGGUGUGACUGCCCUUGCGAGCAUCCUGGACAUCAUGCGUACGAUGGCCGUCCCGAAGUUUGCAACGGUCACGGAAUCUCAGAGUGUGGCGUGUGUGUUUGCAAGCCCGGUUACUUCGGCAAUUAUUGCGAGUGCUACACGGACGGCGAAGUACCAUUGGAACCUGAGAGCGGCUGCCGGCCGACCAACGCCACUUCCGGCCCGCUGUGCUCCGACCGCGGCACUUGCGUCUGUGGCGCUUGCGCGUGCAAUAUAAUGGAGGAUCGACUUCAGGUGAUAUCGGGUCAGUUCUGCGAGUGCGACAACUUCUCGUGCGAUAUGAAUAAGGGCCGGCUCUGCUCGGGGCCGGACCACGGCGAGUGUGUUUGUGGCAAGUGCAGCUGCCGACCCGGGUUCACCGGACCCGCCUGUAACUAGAGGAAGAACCAGAAGCCUUAUAAUUUAUCCCCUAAUAAGAAUAACACGUGAUAUCGGGGCUGGACAAUGGCGAGUGUGUUUGUGGCAAGUGCAGUUGUCAGCCCGAGUUUCACCUGAGUUCACCAGGCUCGCCUGCAAAAUUGACUGUAUCGAUUUAAAUAAAGGUUUUUUUAAAUUUA